AUGAGGCUGCGGAGAUGCUUCGGUGGGUGGCUGCGAUGCAGCGCCGCCUUCAUAUUUCUUUUUUGCCUUCUUCUAUGCAUUUUACUGGGUCUGCUGCUGGAGGUCGCGGACGACGACGGUGCCGUUAAGCAUGCCACGCUGCCGGCGCCAAGAGGACAGCCGGGGAGUGAUGCUUGUAGUGAGGCGCGCAGCUGCCUUGAUUGUCUGUUUCCCGGUACUCGCAUGGGAGCGUCCCUUAAUGCGAGUCAUCCGUCGACGGUUUGCUUUUGGUGUGCGGCGAGGGGGCGUUGCGUGAGUCGGGCUGAAGGAGCAGCAUGCGACGAUUUGGAAGAACUAGCGUGCCCUGCGGUGCUGCACACUGCCAUCCCGCAGGUUUUCCGCGUGCUUCAUGUUGGCAUUCGAAAAGGGGGACCAGAGGCCCUUAUUCAACUCUUUCUCGCGUUGCAUCGCUGGGGAUUUCGCACCACGCUAGACACACGCAGAAAGGAACAAGGUGGUCCUGUGGUUCCUUUCUUUAGAAAGGUGUACAAGUUUGCGCUUGAACACGCCCCACCGCUGCGUUGGUUCAAGGACUACAAAGCAUGGCAUGAGUCCGCCCUGGAAGGUGAUGUGCUGAUUGCAACAGAAACGUGGCCGUGUGUGCGCAGGAAUCAUUUGGAGUCAGGUGUACGUCAAAUGCAGUGGCAUCUUACCGUCUGGCGCAGGCGUGACCGAGCACGGUGUACCAUUGCGGGACACACAAACUUUAUCGCAAUGUCUUACAUGAACCAGUCAAAGCUUGCAUUACUUUUUCCAUACGUUUCCCCACAUAUUGUGCAGUUGGCGCAGAGUCAAUCGUCAUGGCGUAGGUCAAAGAGGCGGGGACACAGCCUGCCCCUGGUGUUGCUGGAUUCGGAUGUAAAGCUAAGUCCGGAUGAUUUUGUGGGUCGUCAUGGGGCGCCAAAAGAAGUUGUACGAGCCGCCGGUUUCGCCCCGGAGAAACUGUAUGCAUUGUACGGUGAGGCCAUUGCGGGUGUUGACCUACAGCUUCCAGGUGCUGAGCGGCUGAUCUUUGAGGCAGUCUUGUUUGACGUCUGCAUUAUCGUAGACGACGCUUUGGUCGGCGGGUGUAAACAAGAUGUCCCGCUUCCCGAGGCCUUUCGCGUUCCCUCAGGGGAUUUGGAUGCGUUAAACGCCGCCGUGGAUCGCUGUGUUCGCGACUAUGACGCCGUCAUCCCGCUAUUCAGGGAACUAAAGCAAUUCUCGUUGCAGCAAAAAAGCACAUUUGAAAGACAGGUGAGGCGUUAUUUUUCAAAUAGCGUUCACGUUGUGUCGGUUGUGUGCUCUCGGGAGCAGUCUGAAGCGUACCUUGUCCGCUUUCUGCUGAACGUUCUCCUGUACAUUCCCUUCGCCACGUUGGAGUUGCGACUGGCGGAUGGGGUUGAGGGGCUAAAGGAGUGGCAGCGCACGCAGCUGUCGAGUCAAAGUUGGCUGGCGGCCGUACGCUUCGUCCGUAUGAGCUCACAGGACACGGUGUCUGUGUGCGAGGCAAGCAACCACGCCACAGAUGACCUCCGGAAACCGUAUCGGCGUCCCACGAUGCAGCUGGCGCGGGCUAUGCUUCUCCGGGGAGGAAACACCGUUCUGAGCAACAAGCAGCGCUCCCUCCUGACACUGUUUGCCCCUAUUGAUGCCAUUCUUGUUAGUGAAGAUGUUGUGCAUUAUACUACCUCUCAACUUGCUCUCCUGCGUCGUGAGGGAGGGGCUGCAGGAGCAGCAUUAAAUGAUGCAGGCAGGCUUGCUGUUUUUGUGCUUGAAGCUGAAGCGGAGAUGGCGAGAAAUGUGCCGCUGGUGGCAGUCUGGACCGCCGACCUUCCUUUCUUCGGCUGUGGAUACGUCGCACACACGGACGUGACUCUAUUCAAGAAGGUGUGUCGGCAUGAAGAAAGCCACCUGGUGGGGGCGCCAAAGCAGUCCCGCCGCGCAGUAGUUAUUCAUGACGACGGUCUCAACCUGCCAUUGGCCCGCGUGCUGUUGUCGAGAGACGGGCCUGACGAUCAUGUUCGCACAGCGUGGGAGUUUAUGUGCCAGCACGCCCUUUGGAAGGACCUUGUGGGUGGCUGUUAA